GAUUGAGUAUAGUAAAAAAUGAUGGAAAAGGGAGGGAAGGUGAUGUAGUUAUGUACAUGUGUGUAUUAUAUAUAUAGUGGUUGGGAGACACAUGGAAAAAGAAGAAGAAGAGGAAGAAGAAUGAAGCUACAAAUCUAGAAGUAUAUAAUUUGGCAUGUGAGAGACUCUUCCACCUCAUCGUCAUCCUCAUCGCCAUCCUCCUCCUCCUCAUCAGUUUCGAUUCCCAAAACGAAUCCCAAUCUUUUUACCUUUAUAUAUAAUUUAAUAUAAUAUACUAUUUUCCUUUUAAGUUCCUUUCUCUCUCUCUCUCCUGUUUGUUACACACAUUUCGGUUCCUCUGCCGUUUGGAUCGGAAAAGUUUUUUUUCUCCAAGUCUGUGACCGCAUCACUCCACAUUUAAUUCUCUCUCGUCUCCCCAUAAUCCGAAGAAGAAGAAGAAGAUACUGAUUCCUGUUUUUUAUUUUUCUUCCUUCUCUGUCUAUAUCUAAUCGGCGCUCGGAAUAAAUGGAGGUUCAAUAUGAAGAGGAAUACAUAAGGAAUUCGAGAGGAGUCCAGAUUUUCACAUGCCGAUGGCUUCCAACGCAUUCUUCACCCAAAGCGCUAGUGUUUCUCUGCCAUGGAUACGGCAUGGAAUGCAGUGGAUUCAUGAGAGGAUGUGGACAUCGGCUUGCAACUUCGGGGUACGCAGUGUUUGGGAUGGACUAUGAAGGACAUGGAAGAUCGAGUGGAGCUCGUUGCUAUAUCAAGAAGUUUGAAAACAUUGUUGCUGAUUGUUACGCCUUCUUCACUUCCAUUUCUGUUGAGGAAGAGUACAGAGACAAAUGCAGGUUCUUGUAUGGAGAGUCAAUGGGUGGGGCUGUGGCCCUUCUUCUGCACAAGAAAAAUCCCAGAUUUUGGAAUGGUGCUGUUCUCGUAGCUCCAAUGUGCAAGAUAUCUGAGAAGGUGAAGCCGCACCCUGUGGUUGUGAAUCUGUUAACAAGAGUAGAAGAAAUUAUACCCAAAUGGAAAAUUGUCCCAACAAAGGAUGUCAUAAAUUCAGCCUUCAAGGACCCCAUAAAGCGUGAAGAGAUAAGGAACAAUAAGUUAAUAUACCAAGACAAGCCCAGGCUAAAAACAGCCCUGGAGAUGCUAAGAGCGAGCAUGAACUUAGAAGACACCUUACACGAGGUAACACUUCCAUUCUUCGUAUUACAUGGAGAAGCCGAUAUAGUAACAGACCCAGAAGUAAGCAGAGCAUUGUACGAGAAAGCAAGCAGCAAAGAUAAGACAAUAAAAUUAUACCCAGGAAUGUGGCAUGGCUUGACAUCAGGAGAACCAGACGAGAACAUCGAAAUUGUGUUCUCCGACAUCAUAGAUUGGCUUGACAAACACGCCGGCGGGAACACGGCGAAGUUUCAACUUCAAUCCACCACUUGCUCAAAUGGGAUUGGCGUUGAUCAUAGAUUAAAUAAUGGCCAAACCACAUUAAGCAGUGGGAAAGAGAGUCGAAGAAGUCAGAAUCAUCGUGGGAGUUAUCUCUGUGGUUUGAAGGGGCGGUUGCAAUCGGCGAUGUAAUGUCAGUAUUCUUAUAUAAUUAUUAAUAGUGCCACCAUUGUUGAUUGAAAAUGCUCUCUAGCACAUCUUCAUCUUGGUGGGUGUAAAAUCUUUCUUAAGUUGACUGAAUAAAGCUCUUGAAAUAAAACUUUUGAGUAGCGCUCUUGAAUCCUUGAUGGAUUUUUAUAAAUGCCAGCAUGUUUCCAAGUAGUUUAAA